AUGCCCCGAUUUCAUGGUCAUGGAGUGGUGUCCAGGUCCAGUGGUUGCCUGGUGGCCCUGGUGCUUGGGCUGCAUGCUGCUACUUUCGUUGGCGUGGGCAAACUCUUUACUGAGGAGCAACGUGCUCCCAAAAGGAGCCUGCAUGCAGUGGACGUGGAAGCCGAGCCGGAGGUGGAUACUCAGGCGCUAACUGGCGAAAGGUACAUCGCCUCAAACCGUUUCAUGGUGCGCGAGGGUGCCGAGGCUGCUUUCGAGCAGCGAUGGGCGAAACGAAAGUCCUCUUUGCUCACUCUUCCCGGCUUUCGAUGGUUUUCACUGAUGAGGAGGCUGCCAAACGACCAGCAAUCGUUCCCAGAUGAGUAUAGCUACGUAUCAUUCACCAUCUGGGAGACGAAGAAGGACUUCACCUUCUGGAGGAAGGGUCCGGCCUUUAAAGAAGCUCAUGGUGGCGGCGGGAUUCUGGAUUUCGUUGGAAUGGUCAUGAGCUCCUUCAUGACGAGCAAGGGACCACCGAAACCAUCCUUCUGGCAAGGACUGCUGCCGUUAAAGUCCGCGGAGCAGAGGGACCGUUUGGUGUCGGGCCCGGGCGGACGACCAGAGGCGGACGGCGAAGAAAUGCUCGAGCCCGAGGUCUUCGUCGCGACCACCCGAUUCAACGUCUUGGACCAGUCGAAGACGGAGUUUGAGCAACUAUGGAACGAGCAGAAAGACAAGCUGCAGGACGCAGCAGGUUUCCGAUUCUCUCAACUCCUACGACGUGAUCAAGCGCCAGAUGACAACUGCAAUUAUUUAAGUGUCACAGUCUGGGAUGACGAAGCAGCAUAUGACCAAUCGGAGAAAGCGAUCCUUCCGCCAGGCGAUAUGCUCCUACAGCCAGCCCAAGACAUUCUUUACGAAGGCAAGCUCGUCCUCGAGAGCGAAGCUGGGCCUUGA